UCCAAUAUGCAUGCUGUUUUUUUGUUUUCCUCUUUGCAAUUAGUCACUUUGGCUCGGGUGGACCUGGCUUAAUCUGCCCCCAAGUAGAAAUCUGCCGAAGAAUGCCAAGCGAGCUGAAUACUCCUAUCUGUUAAAAUUCCGUAUUUCUGUGGAGAAGCGACUAUGAGUAACUAGAGAAGCUGCAUCGAUAUUAGCUGAGGUGACUCACUAGUUUGGACUAUAUCAAGCAGAAGAUAUCACAACUAAUCUAGACGACAACUUAGAUCAUCAUCGAUCCAUGAUCAAAAGGAACCAUUGACAACAAAUCGAGUACUCCUCGGAAGACACAUACCUAAACAUGGCAACCCCGCUACGACACUAUGGGACCGAAAAACCUUAUUUGCACCCCGAACCGGUGACGAGGCGACAGUUUGGCAAGGAAGUGUUGCAAGACUUCCUGAUCGACCCUAAAUAUCGUAAUAUGAAUCAUGGUUCCUUCGGCGUCAUCCCCCGCCCUGUCCACGCCGCCCGGCGCUACUACCAGGACAAGUCAGAGGAGCGCCCCGACGUUUGGAUCAGGUACAACUGGUCGCAGCUCCUAGAAGGGUCGCGGGCGGCCGUGGCGCCGCUGUUGGGCGUCGACAAGGACACCAUCGCCUUUGUUCCCAACGCGACAGUCGGCGUGAACACUGUGUUGCGUAACUUGGUCUGGAAUGAUGACAAGAAGGAUGAGAUCUUGUAUUUUGACACAAUCUAUGCCGCCUGUGGAAAGACGGUUCAGUACAUGGUCGAGAUUUCAAGGGGCCACGUAUCUGCCCGCUCCGUUCAGCUCGUGUAUCCCCUCACGGACAAUGAACUCGUCGAUCUGUUCAAGAAAGCCAUUGAAGAGUGCAGGGCGGCGGGGAAGCGCCCUCGAGCGGCCGUCAUCGAUACCGUCUCGUCCAUCCCUGCCGUACGCCUCCCGUUCGAGGCUCUCGUGCAGGUAUGCCACGACGAAGGCAUUCUGUCGAUCGUCGACGGGGCGCAAGGUGUGGGCAUGAUUGACCUCAAGCACCUGGGAACUCAGGUCAAACCUGACUUCUUUAUUACCAAUUGUCACAAGUGGCUUUUCACGCCGAGGGGCUGUGCGGUGUUGCACGUUCCCAAGCACAACCAGGCCUUGAUGCGGUCGACGCUGCCUACCAGCUGGGGUUGGGUGCCAUCUGGAGAGGGCGACCCGGAUUUCAUCAGCAACUUCGCCUUCGCCUCUACGCUGGACAACUCGAGCUACAUGGCGGUGCAGCAUGCGGUUCAGUGGAUCCGGGAAGCUCUGGGUGGGGAGGACGUCGUCAUCGAGUACAUGACGAACCUGAACAAGAAGGGCGGGAACAUGGUCGCCGAGAUGCUUGGCACAAAAGUAUUGGAAAACGCCGAGGGGACGCUGACCAACUGUGCCAUGUCCAAUGUCCUCUUGCCGCUUGGUAUCAAGGGGAGGGAAAGCUCCGCCAAAGUUCUUGUCGACGAAGAAGACGCAGCUGGAUUGGGAGAUUGGUGUCAGAAGACCUUGGCGAGCGACUACAACACCUGGUUGCCCGUGACUCUGAUCAAGGGGCAAUGGUGGACAAGGAUCUCGGCCCAAGUGUACCUGGACGAGAGCGACUAUGAGGCCGUGGGAAAGAUCUUCUUGGAACUUGUGGAGAGGAUUAGCAAGGGAGAUCACAAGAAAUAGAUGUGCGCAAGGAUGUAGUAGGAAUGUGUGUUUCUGCCUGUUUAAGAAGAGAAAUAUAUGAAAGUCGAUGUGUUGAAUUUCGGCACAAUAAAUUUGUUGAUAUAAAGAGCGGAGGUUUCAAAUUCGUCGUCUCGUGUGUUAGAGUGGAUGAAAUGUACCUGAAACAUGUCACUUUUGAAGGAGGGAAAAAAUGGCAGCGAAAUGUCCAAAUUACA